AUGAGCAAACUGGGGCAGAUGCAUUGGGAAGUUGUGAAGUGGUUGCUCAGAUACAUCAAAGGAUCACUGAACCUUGAGUUGAUGUACACGACCGACAAGGCGUUGCACAUACAGGGAUUUUGUGACUCGGAUUAUUCUGCAGAUUUAGACAUGAGAAGAAGCAGAAUACAUUGCGUUACAGAAGCAGUAAAGGAAGCAAUAUGGCUAAAAGGAUUGCUUGGAGAUUUCGGAUUUAGUCAUGAUGCAGUAAAGGUGUGGAGCGAUUCUCAGAGUGCAAUUUGCCUCUCGAAGAACAGUGUGUUUCACAAGCGCACCAAGCAUAGUGCGACUAAAUAUCACUUCAUCAGAGAUGUCAUUGCUGAAGGUGAAGUUGAAGUACCUAAAGUACACACAAGCAGGAACCCACCAGAUGUUUUGACAAAGGUCAUCCCGGUGAGCAAGUUUAAAUCAGCUUUAGACAUGCUUAGAGUUACUCAGGCUUGA